CAGCAGCAGCAGCAGCAGCAGCAGCAACCGUGAGGACGACUCGCUCUGCAGUCAAGAUGAGUGCUGGGGAUGUGGUCUGCACCGGCUGGCUCAUUAAAUCCCCCCCUGAGAAGAAACUAAAGAGAUUUGCUUGGAGGAAACGCUGGUUUGUGCUUCGAAGAGGUCGCAUGAGCGGCAAUCCUGAUGUGCUGGAAUACUAUCAAAGUAAGAACUCCAAAAAGCCAAUCCGCACCAUCGACUUGAAAGAGUGUGAGGUCGAAAUGCUGAACGGGCAGCUCAGGAUAAAGCGAGACUUCCACGGAAAGCACCUUUUUGUGGUAAAGACCUUAUCUCGUGUUUUCUACUUGGUGGCCAAAACUGAGGAAGAGAUGAACAGCUGGAUCAGUAGUAUCAGUCAGAUCUGCCAGUUUGGGAGCCUGGAGGAUGCAGAGAGUUCAGAAGAAGGCUUUCCCCACACCCCCACCUCCCUUCAUCCGUCUCCUGACAGCUCUGACCGAGUGUCUGUAUCAAGCCAACCAGAUUUCAGUCACUCACUGGACUACCUCUUUCUCUCACAGUGUGAGACGGGGAGUGUUAGCACUAGUAGACAUGACAGCUUUUCAAACUCUGAGAUGUCUUUGGAGCAGAAGUCAUCAGACGAUGCUGUCAGGGACAUUGUCCCCUCCCCUCUUUGCACCGAUUCGUCUUCCUCUUCCUCCUUUCAUGCCAGCCCCUGUCCAUCUCUUUUCCUUCAUGGGAGGUUGACCAACCCUCCUUUCAGUGCUCCAUGCACCUCCUUGGCGCUACAGUCGUCCUCUUCGUCUCCACAACGCCACUAUGCAACAAGUGUCUUCCAGUUUGACAAACCUUAUUCUUCUGCAUCGUUUGAGGCAACGAGUGAAAGACAAACACCUCCUCCGCUUCCACCCAAGUCUAAUCUCCUGUCAGAGCAGCUAAGUGAUGAUUUAGCUCGCAGACCGAGGGCAAACCACGCAGCUUUAUGUCUCCGGAGGACCUCUUUGUCAUGCCUGGACCAUUUCAGAACAGGAGACGCCGAAAGCAGAUUGAUGAGGAACAGGAGGCAAAGUCUUAAUCUGCAGCCUUGUUUUUAUACCACACAAGUUCAAAGCUACCAGGAUGAGUCAUAUGUCCCCAUGGCUUCCCCGUCUCCCUCUGUUGCCACCACUGAAUGUGAUGGCUACAUCCCCAUGAGCCCCGGGACAUUUGGUUUCCUCAAUACAAACUGCAACAUUGAGUCUUCCACAACUCUCAGCACACCAGUGCGUCAACCUGGAGAUGUUGCGCCGCCUCCAAUCCACCGGCAUCUCAAGCCUCGCCUGAGGAGAUCUCGACCUCCACCUCUUGACUUGAGAGGCCUCUCUACAAUCACAGAAUGUCCCACUCAUCUUCCUUUGGGCAGAGCAAUGACUGAAUCAUGCUUUGCAGUGAACUGUUUACCUCUUGAUAGAAGACUUGAAAACGUGGACAAUCCAAGAGAUGAAGACACACACUGCACUGCAAUGGAGUCAAGGCAACAUUUCUGUCUCAACUUUGAUGGAGCGGUUCCACCCUGGACGAGAAGCUCAAACCUUGAUUAUUUGUCACUGGAUUUCAAUUCUGCAUCCCCCUCUCCUGUGCAAAAACAGAAGUCCUUUCUGUCGGAUGAUCAUAGAGUGGAUUACGUGCAGGUGGAUGAAAAGAAGACUCAGGCGCUGCAAAACACCAAAAUGGAGUGGACAGAUGUCAGGCAGUCCAAAACAUAAAUGGAAUGAAACAACUUCACUUGGUUUCAAGAAGUAACACCAGCGAGGAGGACAGAAGAGGCCCAAAAACAAUUUAAAAGCACUUUGAAA